AUGAAAAUAUAGGCUUUUGGAAAAAUGGUUGCUUUAAUAAUUAUAUUAGCAGUGAGUUAAAAUGCGAUGACCUUAAUAAAGAUUAUAUAUUGCUUAAAAAUGAUGAUUAUAGUAUUAUAACUAAUAAUACAAGCAAAAUUCUAUCAACACCUAUAAUAUCUACCAAUAAUGAUAAUUGUAUUCAUGAAUUUUUAUUUGAUUACGAAGCAUUACAAAAUGUUAAAUAA